ACACACAGCACACAGAGAAUUGACUCUUCUUAUCUCUUUAAUGGGAUUUUAUAAAGGGUCUCAUUCAAAACUCAAAAUGGCGUGAGAUCCGAUUUCACGCCUUUUUAGGUCCGCCUUAAGUGCGCGAUAACGGCUGCGCUCCGGGGCUGUUUGCGGAAGGCUCUGUUUGCGUUCUGUGUGUGUGUGUGUGUGUGUGUGUGUGUGUGUGUGUGUGUGUGUGUGUGUGUGUUUGCGUGGUACAGAGACACUCGAGCGUCCCCCGGCAAGCGCGCACCAUCACUGCGGCUCGCGACCUCCGCGCCCGUUUCCGCUCUCCUCCGGUUGCCGGGCGCCGUGACUCGCCUCGCGCUCUGUUUGCGCACAAGCACAAUUACAGCCUCGCGCACGCAAAUAUUUGCUGAGAAAACACAGAAGCACGGGGCGCGCGCGCGCUCCACAUUGCCGGUGGGUAUAAAAUGCUCGCGCAGAUAUUCAUGUACAACGGCGAGGCUGAACGGCGCGCGGACCUGCACCGGUGUACGGAUGGCAGCGAGUGUAAUCAGACCCGUGAGUGGCUUCAGACCGAGCCCUACAGCUCAGACCUACUUCAUUUCUGCUGAUGAAGAUGAGCUAGAAGAUGAGUAUGAAGAUGAGCUCCGGGACGAAGUGGAGGAUAGCUUUGAGGAGGAAGAGGACGAUUCCACAGGCGGUGAGUCUCAAGUCACAGAUCCACAAGUUUCUGAUCUGUACAGUGAGAUCGCCACAGAUCGCCUCCUACGCUUUGCUGAGCUCAUCAGCAGCGACGUGCAGCGUUAUUUCGGACGCAGCCAAGACUCAGACACGUGUGACAUCUACACAGGAAGAUCACGUCAUGAGAUGACUGUCCGGCAGCUCUACUAUUCUAACAUCCUUCAAGCGGCUUCCUCGGAGCCGGGGAACGAGCCGAAAAACCUCGGGCCGCUCGCAGAACUCUUCCAGAGCGCUCAGGUAAAGAAGCAGGGAUUACCCAUGAUUCAGAGGCGUCUGCCCAGCAGCUUCUGGACCGAGCCUCGACCUGAACAUCUCUGUGUCACUGCUAAUGUUCCAGACAUGGUGACUUGCUCCACAGAAACAAUGAACCCAAACAGCAGCACACCGGUGAUUAGCAUGAGCAGCUCCAACACUCCAGACUUCAGUGACUUGCUUGAGCACUGGGCUUCAGACAAAGAAACCUGCAGUGCCUACAGCUGUGAAUACCAGCUUCCCUAAGAGCAGCAGUAACAAGCUGUUACACACACACACACA